UCACCCAUUUUAACAUGAAACUCGCCUCGGUUGACGUCACUGAGCCAUCUUUGUACAGCUAAUCCAAAGUGUUUGUUAUACCUUCAUUACGGCUCAGUCUCUCGUCGCUUACUCCAAACAAAUUGCUGCUGCUGUCACAUACGGGGAGGAAAGGGAAUAUUGGAGUAGCUUGGUGGACAUAUCUCCACGGUGGAGUCGAAGCAGUGCCCCUCCUCGGCUAUAUAGGCAGGGAAACGCCAGGCUAAGCAUCCAAAGGGUGCCAGAGGCUAGAGAGGAGCGCAGAAAGCAACCCACAUCCAUCUGCCAGCCACUUAGCACACGCUAACACUUGCAGCCAGGAUUUCAGCACAGCUGUCUCGCCAACACUACCACAAAAAAUGUCUGCCCCAGCUGGAGCCCCCGCACCAGAGGGAGGGAGUCAGGCUCCCCCGAACCUCACCAGCAACCGCCGUCUGCAGCAGACACAGGCACAGGUGGACGAGGUGGUGGAUAUUAUGCGCGUAAAUGUGGAUAAGGUUCUGGAGCGUGAUCAGAAGCUGUCCGAACUUGACGACAGGGCUGACGCUCUGCAGGCUGGAGCCUCUCAGUUUGAGACCAGCGCUGCCAAACUGAAGAACAAGUACUGGUGGAAGAACGCUAAGAUGAUGAUUAUCCUGGGUGUGAUAUGCGUGAUUGUGCUCAUUGUCAUUAUUGUGUACUUCAGCACCUAAGAAGAGUCACUUCCUACCCCAGUCGAAUUCCAACGUCCUUGCUUCAGAAGAGACCCUGAAAUUCAUGACAAAAGGAAUCCAGAUAAUGAGUUAUUGUAUCUUCCCCGAUUGGCUUCACCCCUAAACCCUUCAGGGCCGUAUGGCUCAAUCAUUUCCACCACCUCGCCUCUGGUACCCCUGUCAAAU